AUGGACGUGACAACCAAAUUGACAUGGUUACAGGAACAGAUUCUGGGAAAACUACUUGGGAAUACAUCUUUGACUCUUCUUUAUAAGUCUAGAGUUCAUCAACUGUGCACUCUUGAUAUGAGUAAGAGAUGCGCUCAUCAGAGAUCCACGAUGACAGUAGUUCACUUGAAGCAAGCUGUUGUGGGUGUUUUUAUGCUGGAAGAGUUUCCCGUUUUGCAUUCUGAAAAGCCAAGUACUUGUGUCUGGUUUUCAUUGAAAGAGAAUAACAGCACUGGAAUGUCGGCUCUGCUUUUGAACACACAAGUAGAAGUCAAUGGUACACUUCUGAAGUUUUCCUCACUUGAUGGUUUGUCACUCUCUGUGGAUCCAGAAACAUACAAACUUCAUCUUAAUGAUGUGCUGAUAAAAGAACUCAAACUCAAUGCUAACUCUGUCUCUAGAUAUUUGGAGUGUGAAAUUUUCCGAGUAGAUGGCGUUAAGAAUGAUCCAGGCUUCAUAAGGAAGAUGUUGACCGUCCAACAGUAAGAAGGCUCGCUCCUAUCUGCUCUCAGAGCCUACAGGCCCAAAAAAGACUUGGUUUCAGAAGUUCGUAUUCUCUUGGUGGGUCCAGUAGGUUCUGGAAAGUCCAGCUUUUUCAAUUCAGUGAAGUCAGCUUUCCAAGGCCACCUAACUCGCCAGGCCAUUGUGGGGUCUGAUGAAACCAGCAUUACCAAACAGUACAGAAUAUAUUCUGUUAAAGAUGAAGAAGGUGGAAAAAUGUUCCCAUUUAUGUUGUGUGAUUCAAUGGGGCUGGAUGAGAGAGAAGAAGCAGGACUGUGCAUAGAUGACAUAUCUCAUAUCUUAAAAGGCUGUGUACCAGACAGGUAUCAGUUCAACCCGUGUAAGCCGAUUAAGCCAAAGCACUUCACUUCUGUCACCUCUCCACCACUGAAGGACAGGAUUCACUGUGUGGCUUAUGUCUUAAACAUCAACUCUGUUAACACCAUGUCAGAUAAAAUGGUGGCAAAGCUCAAAGAAGUCCACAAAGAUGCAAUAGACUGUGGUGUUGGACAAGUAGCAUUGCUUACUAAUGUGAAUAACUGUGAUGAAGUUCUUGAUGACAGUUUUUUAAACAUGACAGAAAAUAUGACUUCUCAAAGCCAGGUAAAGAAUGUACAAAACAUGCUAAAUAUUCCUAUAGCUAAUAUCUUGAUGGUUAGUAAUUAUGCUUUGAAGCGAUCGGUGGAACCUAUGAAGGAUGUCCUGAUCCUUGCUGCACUCAGGCAGAUGUUGCGGGCUGCGGAAGACUCCUUAGAAGACUUGCCUCCUGAGGAAACUGGUAACCCGGCUCAUCUUGAAAGCACUUGUGUCUUUUGGAAAACCGCCAGGGAGCAUCAGACCCUGACCACAGGUGUUCAUUCAGACAGUGAGGACUUUGUGUCUGAUACCUUCUGA